CCGGGCUCCCGCAGGCCCCACCGCCCGCGUUCCUAUGGACAGACGCACAGACACCUGCAGGAAAGACACUGCUGAUCCUGUAACAUGGAGGAUUGUCUUCAUACCUCAUCUGAGAAUCUGUCCAAAUUGGUCAGCUGGGCCCACAGCCAUGGGACCAUUUGCAGCCUCAUUCCAAACCUGAAACACUUGCUUUCUGAAGGUUCCCAUGGGAACCUGACUGCAAUGUGGGGCUGUAGUGCCGGCCAUGCGUACCACUGGCCACUAACAGCUACUUGCAGAGCUGGGUCCCAAGAGAGGGUUUGUUUCCAGGACAACCGAAGUUUUAAUUCUGAUAGUCCCAGUAUAAUUGGGGUGCCUUCUGAGACACAGACUAGCCCUGUGGAAAGGUACCCUGGGAGACCUGUGAAGGCAAAGCUGGACUGUAACCGGACCAGAGACUCUUGUGACUUCUCUUACUGCAGUGAGCCCUCAGAACUGGAUGAAGCUGUUGAGGAGUAUGAAGAUGAAAACACACUGUUUGACAUGGUUUGCGAGUCUUCUGUUACAGAUGAGGACAGUGACUUUGAACCCCAAACCCAGAGACCUCAAAGCAUUGCUCGCAAAAGGCCAGGAAUCGUCCCAUCUUCCAUCCAUUCAAGUUCCCAGGGUCAGAUGGUUGAUGAAUGCAGUAAUGAUGUCAUCAUCAAGAAAAUCAAGCAAGAGAUUCCAGAAGAUUAUUACAUUGUAGCAAAUGCAGAGCUGACUGGAGGAGUGGAUGGACCAGCCCUUUCAUUGACACAGAUGGCAAAACCCAAGCCCCAGACUCAUGCUGGUCCCUCCUGUAUAGGGUCUGCUAAACUGAUUCCCCAUGUAACAUCUGCCAUCAACACAGAAUUAGACCCACACAUUCUGUCAGCCUCCCCCUCUGUGAUCUCCAGACCGAUCAUCCCAAAGACUGCUAGGGUAUCUCUGGCUUCACCAAACAGAGGACCCCCUGGUGCCCAUGGCACUGCCCACCAGGUGACCAUGCAGAUGCCUGUGAGCACAUCACAUCCUAACAAACAGAUCAGUAUCCCUUUGUCUGCCCUGCAGCUACCUGGACAGGAUGAGCAGGUUGCUUCGGAGGAGUUCCUGCCCCAUUUGCCUAGCCAGGCCUCAUCAUGUGAGGUAGCCCUUUCUCCCUCUGUUAACGCAGAGCCUGAAGUGAGCUCCAGUCAACAGCAGCCCCCUGCUGCUCCAACCAUAACCACCGAAGCCACCGCGCAGUGCAUUCCAGACCAGGAUGAAAGAGCAGCUGAGCUCAGCAGGGAGCAGAACGAGAAAACCAUCAGGAGCACGCAGACUGCGCUCCGCAAUUUCCCUUAUUCUACUAAACUCAACAAAUUUCCUGUAUUUAAUAUUAAUGAUGACUUGAAUGGUCUGUGUACCAGUGCAGUGAGCCCAAACACCACCAAAGCCACGAGGUACGCCCUAAAUGUGUGGCGCUACUGGUGCAUGACCAACGGGCUCAAAGACCACACGGACAUCACCAAGAUCCCUGCAGUGAAGUUGAAUGAGUUGCUUGAGAACUUUUAUGUCACCGUCAAGAAGAGUGAUGGCUCAGACUUCCUGGCUACCUCACUUCAUGCCAUUCGCCGUGGCCUGGACCGCAUCCUGAAGAACGCAGGUGUGGGCUUUUCCAUCACCAGCAGCACCUUCAGCUCCUCCACCAAGAAACUCAAGGAGAAACUGUGGGUUCUGAGCAAGGCAGGGAUGUCGGGGGCCCGUUCCCGCAAUAUCGUCUACUUCUCCCUUUCUGACGAGGAGGAGAUGUGGCAGGCAGGGUGUCUAGGGGAUGACAGCCCGAUUACUCUCCUGUCCACGGUGGUCAAGUACAACAGCCAGUAUCUGAAUAUGCGGACACUGCAGGAGCAUGCAGAUCUGAUGUAUGGUGACAUCGAGUUGCUCAAAGAUCCACAAAACCAGCCCUACUUUGCCCGGACAGACAGUGUCAAGCGGGAGAGCCGGAGUGGUUCGACCAGAGUGUGCCAUGGGAAAAUCUACCAUGAGCACUCCAAGGGACACAAGCAGUGUCCUUACUGCCUCCUCUACAAGUACAUGUACAUUCACCGGCCACCCACCCAAAUGGAGGCCAAGUCUCCCUUCUACCUUACAGCCCGGAAGGAGGCCACGGAUAUGGGCAGUGUGUGGUACGAAGAGCAGAGAAUGGGGUUACGGUCUCUCCGGGGAAUUGUCCCAAAUUUAGCCAGGAAGGUCAAGCUGGAAAACUGUGAGAACUUCACCUUCGUCUCCUUCACUCAGGUCUCCAGGCGACUUGGCUCCCAUAGCUGCUGCCAGUGAGCCCUCGGGGCCAGGCAUCGGCAAGCAGGUUCUGAAGCCACAGAGACUGAUGUCCUCGCUUCGUGAUCCAGCUGGUCUCAUUACUAUAGCCGGCCAUUCCUCAGACUUGAGAUUCACUUUUACAUGAAAGCCGAUGACUGAAUAAUUUGGGUGUUUUAUCUAAAUGUUUGACACCUUGUUAAACCAUAGAAUAUAACACAAUAUAAACUUACUAUAUACAAAAGUGAAGAAAUUCAUUUUAUCUAGUGCCUUUUUAGCACAGGUUUUCUUGAGAAAAAAAAAGAAAAGAAAAAAAAUGUUUUGAGUAGUUACUUAAAAAAAUAUCCCAGUAGCCCAGUAGCUUUAGAAUGGUAUAGAAUUAUAUACACUUUGUUGGUUUUCUAGGGGUUUUUGUUUUUCCCCAUGUAGGGACCUAGAGCAGGAGAGGCAGACAUAGUAGAGAUGCCUUUGUGUUUUGUUGGUGGAGGCUCUGCCCGGCAGUGGGCUGCUUGCAGAGAUAAAAGAUACAUUGUUGCUGUGCUGUCCAUGGAGGCAGUUUGGUGACAGGAAGAUCGGUUCUCUGAAAGGGUUCAGUGGUGUGCACCAUGAGGAGUUCUAGUUUGAGGAGUUCUAGUUAGCGGAGGGUGGACUUGGAAAGCCCCCGCGACCCAGAUGUGAAGCCCUCCUGAAGCAGAAGUGCCUGCGGUCUGUCCAGUUCUCCUUUGAGAACACUCGCUGUUUGAACUUCCUUUUGUUGGUUUUGUUGUUUAAUCUGCGUUGUUACAUCUCGGAUUUACAUCUCACAGUUGUGUUGGCAGGAGUCCCUGGGCCUGUGAGGCUAGGAGAAUCAACAGAGUAAGCCACAAGGCAAACACUCCAGGGCGUCUUAAGGACCCUGGGAAUCCUGUAGGCUGGCACUAUCUUAGGGCACUAAUUCAGGCAGCCUGCCAGGAAAGCAAGCCUGGCACAGGGACAUAGUUACUGGAUCAGAGUGUCACAGUAGGUCAUUCCUGCAUUUAAAAAUCAUUUCACAUUAAUAAAAGUCAACCUGACCAUGUGUUACUUAAAAAGCAGACUUUUCUAGCAACUACUGUGAGUACAUGUUUUUAAAAAGGAGCCCAAAGAGUGCUAAUUAAUAGUAGUAAUUUCUACUCUAUUUUCUAUUCCAGGAAAGACUGCUCUAAUUGUACCAUUAUGUUCUUGUGUAUGCUUUCUAAUCCCAGAUUAAAGUCCCAAUGCACAUUCAUAUUGCACAAGUCUUUAAAUUAGUUAUUUCUCUUUCAAAGCAUUGUUUUAGUAUUUAAUUAAAACCAUUGUUUUAAAGUCUCUCACUAGUCACUGAGGUAUGUGACUUUACGAGAGAAGACUCAGCCAGUGCUGCCUUAAGGUCUCCUGUUGUCCCUUUCUUGUGACCACAUGUCUGUGGUCCUGUGUACUAGGUACUUCCCUGGGUAGUGAUGAGUUUUAGUAUCUCCCUCUGUGUGUAAAUAACAGGUAAUUGAUACUCAGUGUUCUGACUUGAUCCCGUGUCUUGGUCUGUUGUGGUUUCCAAUUGUGAUUUUAGGUUUUGGUUUAGAAGAGAGAGACAAGCCAGGUGGGGUGGCCCACGCCUUUAAUUACAGUACUUCGGAGGCUGAGGCAGAUGGAUCU